AUGGGAUUCCUUGGCUACAUUGUUUCUGCAGAGGGAGUUUCUGUGGAUCCGGCUAAGGUUGAGACUAUCAAGGAUUGGCCUAGACCUAGUACUGCUACAGAUAUCAGGAGUUUUAUGGGGUUAGCAGGCUACUACAGGAGAUUCGUCAAGGGAUUUGCUACUAUGGCGCAGCCUAUGACGAAGUUGACUGGGAAGGAUGUCUCGUUUAUUUGGUCAGCUGAGCGUGAGGAGAGCUUUGGUAAUCACAAGGGGAUGUUGACUACUACACCGGUUUUGGCGUUACCCGAGCUAGGGAAGCUUUAUGCGGUGUAUACAGAUGCUUCAGGUAUUGGUCUUGGAUGUGUGCUGAUGCAGAGACAAAGUUAUUGCAUAUGCUUCGAGACAGUGGUAGGGCAGUGCAUUGCUUACCAUCCGGGCAAGGCUAACCUAAUGGCGGACGCGUUGAGUAGACGGAGGUAUGAUUCAGCUGUUGAGCGAGAUGUGGAGUCUUUAGUGGGCAAGAUCAGUACCUUGCGUUUGUGUGCCAUUUCGCAUGGGCCUUUGGGUUUAGAGGCAGUGGAUCAAGCAUAUCUACUUAGCAGGAUCAGAGUUGCUCAUCAGGAUCUACUCCAAGCAGUUGGAGUUCACCGUCCAUGGACUGCUGUCCAUCAGUCACGGUUCCCAUCCACAUCAUUCGGUCCACCAAUGACCAUGUUCGUGUCACAGCUACCAGAUACGACACUACUACCGCCGGCAUUGCAGUUGUACGCCUCCCAUGGCAUGAUCGUUCAUGUCCACAAAGCAAGCAAAUUUCGAGUGAUGAAGGAUGAUACGUGGAGAUUUCGGCUUCGAAAUCCAGUGACAAACCCUGCAAAAAAGCCUCCCAUCAGUUUUGAAAGAGGAAAAGUGAGAGCAUCUUCUUGCUUCACUGCGAGAAUAGCAUUGGAAACACAGCAGUGA